CCCACACCCACACCCACACCCACACCCACACCCACCCCACACACCCACACCCACACCCACACCCACACCCACCCACACCCACCCACACCCACACCCACCCCACCCUUCGAGCUUGUGAUCAGCGAGUUUGCGCUUCGAAUGACUUGCUGAUUGUUGCCUCGAACCAGGUCUCAGUUUCUCAAUUAGUGUGCCAAGCAGUAAAGACUGGACUAGACUUUCACGAAACUGCAGAAUGGUCACUUUGCUUGCCGCGUAGUUUUCCUUGUAUAUCAAAUAGCUAUUUAUUAGUGCCGUCCCAAAAACUAAUUCAAAUGCUACCUUUCGGUACCACUUUAUUGACCGCCUGAGGCACGUGUAAUACGAUGAUAGCUGAUCAGAUAAAUUACUAGCUAGUCUCUCUUCAUUGUAAUCUAGUACAACUUGUGGCUUCAUGAUGCUUUCAUUUUUACUAUUGGUAUUUCCAGUAUCUACCACAGCUGCUGAAGGGUGUGGGUGUGGGUGUGAUUGAAAGGAAGGCGAUCACCCACACCCACAUGUUCAACGCUUAACCAGCCACAUUAAAGAUCCGAAUUAUCUCGGCUCCUAUCCUCUUUCAAGUCUAACAUUCAAGUAUAAGAUCUUUCAGAUAUUCUAGGGCAAUAAAUAUACCAACAUUAUCAUCGCAGAAAAUGCCCGUAAUGAGAUGGUCGAUAAAUGCAAUUGAUGAAAAAAUCAAACCAUCAUUCCUCCGGUUAGAGGCCGGCUACGUUAGCCAUUCUGUUACAGGAGUACAACUAUGGGUAAUAUUUGGAGGAUAAUGUUCCUGAGUAGAUUGUUUUUUUCAUAGAUCUUUCGAUUUAGUUUCGAUUGAAAUGAAACAUGAAUAGUUUGGUCUUGACUAUCUACUUCUGAACGUUUCAAGUGAUUGCUCUGAGUAAAUUUCAAAGAGAACUCAAACGAAUGUGGAUGUGUUUAAUUAUAAUCACAUUAAUUAGUUAUGAACAAUAUGGACAUGUGAAGAUAAAAACGAGAACACAUAAUAUCAAUGACCCAACAGGAAAGAAACUGGAGUAAGAACGUGAAAGCUUGACUUGAUGUAGAUAGUUUAUUAGAUUGCUAAAAGAAUGUAGAACAAAUGUGAAAGUUCUAUCAAAGCUGUCGGUCUAUUGGUGAUGUCUAUCCUUCCUGAUAAUCACUUGCGUCAGUUACUCUCUCACAUUAUUCUUGCACACGUUCAUAUCGAUUCAGUUGAAGUACUGGCAAAAACAAAAUAUGAACGAUACGAAGUUCGAAGAAAUUAAACUAGAACACUUCCAAAUGCACAUAUUUAUGAGUAUCUUUCUUCGAAGAGGGAAAAACAGAUUCCAAUACCUUGAAAUUUCUUAGAAUUUCUUGAAGUCGAAUAGAAUUCUCCAGCGUAUCGUACAUAAACCUUAGAGCUGUGUGAGGAACUUUUUUAAUCAAGCUAUUUCUCAUUAAUUUGAACGUCAGAAAGAAAAUUUUCUACUAUAAUACGUAAACUUUUGAUCACGACACAUUUUUUGCUAACCGUAUUCUAUAUCUGUCGUCACAAUAAAACAGCACUUUCAGUCAACAGAGAACCAAAAGAAAUCCGUAACAACAGAAGACAUAUUACUUUAUUAUUUUUUAUUAUUCAUCCAAAAUGACUUCAAGCAAUUUGUCAUUCAUGAUUUCCUAAUAAUUAUUUUUUCAGCAGCAACUAUACUAAGAGAUGGCUUGGUUUAUUGAUUAUGGUUGAAGAAGUAUUAUGAUGGUGGACAUAUAUGACUAUGAUCAAAUUAGGUAAGCGGCUAGAUGGAGACGGUUAUACUGUCGACAUCAUGUUGCAAGUGGUGAAUGCGAGUGUUGAGUUUUAGAUGCAUCGAGGUAUUGCAGUUGUAUUUCCUCGGUAAAGCAAGUGUAAAAGGUCGAUGUGUUAGAAAGAAUAUAUAGCCCGAUUUCUCCGUUGGAGGUCUGGAGAAAUAGAAAUGAUUUGGGUGUAGGUGUGAGUGUGGGUGUGAGUGUGGGCGUGGAUGUGGGGUGUGAGUGUGGAUGUGGGGUGUGAGUGUGGGUGUGGAUGUGGGGUGUGAGGUGUGGAGUAUGGGUGUGGGUAUUUUCAUCAUACACAACGUCACCCACACCCACACCAAAAGUCACGCUACACUUCAAAAGCCUUGGAGUUUUCCUCUAUCUCUUCGAGAAAUGAAGUGACUUCUAUAUUACUGAUAAAAGAGUAUACAUAGUUCAUACUCAUAAUAAAAACGUUGAAAAAUACUGCUUUGAAGUACAGUGUUUCAACAAUCACUUUACACGUUAAAGAUUUGUUUUUCAAUUCACGUGUAUACUACUGGUUUAAUCAUAAUAUCAUCACUACAUCAUUUUUACAAAUAAUCGACAUGUAGUUCAUUCGCUUUCACACAUUUUAUUCAACUGCGUGUGGUUUCAUUCAAUACAUUCUGAAGGGUGUGUUUUUGAUUUGCACUGUACAACGACUACCAUUCUGGUUUCAAGGUCUCUCAAGCGUUACUUUAACGUAUAAAGCUACUGUUGGACACUCUAGACUGAAAAGCAGUAUUUUUCAGCAUUUUUAUUAUGAGCAUGAACUAUGAGUACUCUUUUAUCAGCGGUAAAAACUCAUCCCAUUUGGUCAACAGAUAGAGAAGAACUCCAACAUUUUUGGAGUGUAGCGUGACUUUUGGAACACUCUGUAUAUAUCUUCAGAUGUGUUCCUGUGUGUUCUCGCUCUGUAUUCUUGUUUCUCUUCUCUCUGAUCUAUUUUGUCCUACCUUUACGUUUUUGGUGUAUUCCCAAUAAAAUCGAGGUCAAGUUCACGCAAACUUAUAGUUAAAAUGCAAGAAGCGGUUCUUUUCUUCUGCUUCACUUAGUUCUUCACAGAAAGAACAAGAUACAGUUGGUAUCUAAUUCAAAAAUUAAAAAAAAACAGUUCUGAAAAAAUAAAAUUUCAAUGGGUGAAAACUUACUAAUAUUAGCGCCAGAAGUCAGUGCACUUGAAUGUUUUUUGAAUAACUUUCGAUAGGAACAAGUUAAAGACUUGAGGUUUUUUAGCAAUCGAUAGAAGAUUAUAAGGGAUACAUUUUUAUAUAAAAUUCAAGGUUUAAAUAAUCAGACACAGUAGGAGUGAUUAUUGAAUCACUGAAAGAAUAAGCACGUUAUUUGGAAAAAUCUCAGCAGAACAAGCUGAAUCUUUCAGCAUAUAUAGCCCUACUGUAGCCCAAACUUUCCUGAAAAUAUCAUCGAUAAGACUUGUAAUGACGAGGGAUGGUGUGCUAAUCAUUAUACUGAUCUUACAUAAGGUCAGUAUUCACUCAAUAUAUUAGAAAAUGACUUCAAAUUUUGGCUGAAUAAAUACCAUAAUCUAGACUUCAUAUCUAUGCAAUAACAUCAUACUUCGGUUAUAGAAAUGGAGGAAAACAGCCAAAAUUCAAUGAAGAAAUGAUUUUCAUAAAGUAAGUAUCUUGAAACAAAUCUUCCCAACUAUAUCAAGAGAAAUGCAGGACUUAGUAAUGUUUUCACCGUCUCUUCUCGUUCAUAUAAUCAAAAUAUUAUAUAAUUGCAUAGGUAUGAAGUCUAGAUUAUGGUAUUUAUUCAACCAAAAGUUGAAGUCAUUUUCUAAUAUAUUGAGUGAAUGAGGGCCUUAUAUAAGAUCAGUAUAAUGAUUAGCACACCAUCCCUCGUUAUUACAAGUCUUAUCGAUGAUAUUUUCAGGAAAGUUUGGACUACAGUAGGGCUAUAUAUGCUGAAAGUUUCAGCUUGUUCUGCUGAGAUUUUUCUAAAUAACGUGCUUAUUCUUUCAGUGAUUCAACAACCACUCCUAUUGUGCCUGAUUAUUUAAACCUUGAACUUUAUAUAAAAAUAUGUCCCUUAUAAUCUUCUAUCGAUUGCUGAAAACCUCAGGUCUUUAACUUGUUCCUAUCGAACGUUAUUCAAAAUACAUCCAAGUGCACUGAUUUCUGGCGCCGACAUUAGUAAAAAUUACGAUGGACAAAGCUUGAAAUGAAAUAGGCAAAUUUGAAAUACAGACUGCCAGCAUUUAUUUGCAGGCAUGUACAGUAAACAUUGUUUGCAAGAUGAAAAUAAUUAUCUUAAUAUUUAUUCAGUAAAAUCAAUAUUUGAAGAGUCAUUAAAGUUCAUAGUUAAUUUUUUGAUAAUUAUUCAAUGUUUAUCACUUUGCUACAUUGAGUUUAUUAAGAAGUUGAAUUAAUUUGAUUCUUGUAAUCACACAUACAGAUUAAUUAAGCCUAUCUGUAUAAAAAUAAAAAUAAGAACAAAAGAUUUAACUAAGAAAAAAGUAUCAUUUAUUUCUCACCAUUUUUAUCGAAUAAUAUUAAAGAAAAUUCCUUCAUAUAUAAACUAAAGUCACAAAUGGUCAUUGAAUAAUUAAUGAUUCAUUUUAUUUCCAAAUAUGUUAGCUUUUCAUCUUUGUUUAUUCCAACGGACUAUUUCUAUAUAUUUGUAUAGUAGGUCAUUUAUUCGGUUCUAUCUAUUUUAGUUGCAAUAGCAAUACUAGCAGAUUAAUAAAAUAUGUAUGAAGUGAUGUGUGAAAAUAAAAUUAAUUAUGUCAACCAUUGUUUUGAAACAUGGCAGUCAUCCAUCAGUAUACGAUGAUAGUAUUUUACAAACAAUGAAAUUAAAAAAAUAAUCAACAAAUAAUUUUUUUCUAUUGCGCACUUGGAUUGUCAGUUUCAUUUGAUUGCAACUAAUCAAGCAAACAAAACGCAUGUGUGUUCCGUUUGGUCUUCUUAUCGUUCUUUUCUUCCUACAUGUCUAGUUACACAUACACACACAUAGAAUAUCUUGCUUACUACUAUGUUGGAAAAAAGCUUGACAAUUAAACAAAAAACAGCCGACAAACAGAGAACAAUAUUAUAAAAAUUCUAUUUAUGAUUUUUUAAUUUUUUUCCCAAUGAAUCAUGAUAAUGCAUUCAUUUUACUUUGUUUCGUUCUCCUUCUUCCUUACUACUUGUUUAGCGUACAAAAAUUUUCGCUCGUUGGUUAUUGUCGUUUCGUCGACAACACUCUUGAAAUGACAAAAUCGGACGAGACAAGAAGUCCUUGAGGUCGAUAGCAAUGAGCCAGAAAAAAAAUGUCAAUAAAAAGGAUAAACAGUUCUAUAAAUAUGAAAAGACGAGGUUGUGCCUUUUGCAUUCAGUUAGUCAUCGAUCAACCCUUGAUCGACAAAAAAGUUGGCAGAAACUGCUGCUAGUGGGGUAGCAACGAUGGCCGGGAUGUGGGUGUGGGUGUGCGUGAAAUUAAUAUCAAAAUCCCACACACGUACUAUUGUAUCACUUUUGAACAGAAACGCUAAGUAUUAUUUACUGAAAAAGUCUGGAUUUUGAACAUUUCUUCGCUUUGUUUCAGACAUUUUCGUGUAGGUAAAGCACAUACGUAGAACCUAGUUGUUAAUGGAGGGUGAUUUUUACAUCUAGAAGACAAAGUCUAUUAUAAUAAUUAGAAAAAAAGAAUUUUUUUAAUUUUCCUGAUUUUUUAACAAUGUUUCUGAAGAUUUUUUAUUUCAUCUAUUCUGUUUUUAUUAAAUUAUUGUUUUUUAUGUAAGGUUGAUAAAAAAAGAAAAUCUAAUAACAUUGUUAUCCCCUUUAGUUAAUUACAACAUUUUUGCUGUUGUUUUAUUCAAUGUGUACUGUUGUCCAAUCGUCGAACGUUCUUCAUUCUCAUCAACUGUUCGAGAGAAUCAUUGAAGUGCACAACACUUGCAGCACCUACUUUUUAAGCACAUUUCAUUUUCCUCUUUCUGCCUGUCUCUCUUUUUUCAUCAAUCGAACGGUCUUCAAUGAAAUGAAAAUAUUUUUUUAAGUUUCGAUUCGAUGCGAGUGACGUACCAUGCAUGUCUUGACAACAUCUACGACUCACUGUUUACUUUCACUUCUAACUUAUUUUUGCAGUUCUGUAGCUGUUUCUGUGUCACAAAUUGAUUUGCAUUGUUUUUCUCUUGCAGAAUAAUUAUUAUUUCGUAUUUCAAAAUUACCUGUUUUCACUGUUCGUUUUCAAUAAUCGCCGAUCAACAAAUAUUGUCAAUCUCUCUUUCGAACAGUUGCCUAACUACGAAUUAGUAGUCACAAAAAUUUUGACACAAGUUUUCAUUAAAGCAACACAAGCCGGUGAAUUUCAAACCACUUAUUCCGAUCGUUAA